AACAGCCGUCACUUUCGCAAUCGCUUUGGCCCCGACGGCAAUCCUGACGAGUCGCGCGAGCAGCGGAGCCCAGGCCCGCCAGCGGUAGAGGCCACAAUGCCGCCGUCCAAGUCUGCGAGGAAGCAGGCGCUGACGUUUGCGCGAUUGGCCGCCUACGACGACAUACUGACCGAUGCGCUGGUCGAUCACACAUUCUACUGGACCAGCAUACCCAAGAACCGGCCGUCGUACCAUGCAUCCCGAGGAAUCAAGCAGGACGAGAUCACCAAGAUCAUCCAGCGCCAUGUCAUUAUCGACGAGAACAUCAAGGUCGCGGAGCAGAAGCUCCUGGCCACCGACGGCCUCAAGAAGUUCUCCAGGUCCCUAGCCACGCCCAAGGAGAAGGAGGACUUUGCAGACCAUCUCCGCCGCUACCUCGCCAUCUACCUGCCCGACUGCCCCUUCGAGGUCAACGCGACGAACCGCUACACCAUCUUCACGCACGAGGCGAGCGUGACGGCCAGGCGACCGAUCAGUAAAAACGAGACCAUCAAGGGCCUGUGCGGCAUCCAGGUCGUCAUCACCCCCGAGGAGGAGGCCCAGCUCUCGCUACGCAAGAAGGACUUCUCGCUCGUGGUCAGCUCGCGCAACAAGUGCACGAGCCUGUUCAUGGGCCCGGCCCGCUUCGCGAACCACGACUGCGGCGCCAACGCCAGGCUUAAGACGGCCGGCCAGGCCGGCAUGGAGGUCCAGGCUCUCAGGGACAUCGACAUUGGCGAGGAGAUCACCGUUACGUACGGCGACAACUACUUUGGCGAGAGCAACUGCGAGUGCCUCUGCAGGACCUGCGAGCUGAGACGCGUCAACGGCUGGGCGGCCGCUGGCCGCGAGGACGGCGACGCCCCGCUGGAGAAGAGCAUCGAGGAGGACGCGGCGCCGUACUCGCUCCGCCGGAGGAGGCGCGACGAGAGCGCCAGCCGCGCCAUCUCCAGGACCCCCUCAGUCACGCCCGACAUCCGCCCGCGCAUCCGCAAGUCAAAGUCCAAGAUGCACCUCUCGACCUUGGACAGGGCCUCCACGACCGAUUCCAGCACAGCCGAGGCCACUGGCGCUUUGCUGAAGCGCAAGCGCGACGACCCCGAGCUCCUUGCCACACCGCCCGAAACGCCCGCCAAGAAGCAGAAGACGGGCCACGUCGAGAGUCUGGAGCCUGCCGUCCGUGCCCUCAACAGCCCUCCAGCAAGCUCUGCUUCUUCUCAGGCCAGUCGCCAGUCGUCGGUCUUCGAGGGCGGUGACAGCACGGACCCGCAUCUCAGCGACGUGACCUCGCCCGAGGCCAGCAGUCCCGAUAUCGAUACCGAUCAUCCCAAGCAACCCGAUGACCAGGUGCCAGCUGCCGUAGCAGUGGAGCGCAAUUCUGCUCCUGUUAUCCAUUCACCGAAGCCGCUGCAUGCAAACCGCCCAAUCCAACUUCUCAAGCAAGAAGAUGACUCCUCAAUAGCACCUAACCCUGAAACCAUUGCGCCGCCAAGGGAUCGCACCGCCAUGCUCUCCAUCUCUGCGCUCCUCUCGAGUUCUCCAUCAGACUUCGGGUCAGACACUGGCAAUUUCAAGGUCGUCUCGCCUCUCAUGCCUCCGCCUCCCAGGCCCGCAGGAGACAGCCCAUGCGCUCCUUCAAGUCAAACGAGCACCUCGGCGCUCGAGUCAGGGCUCGAGUCAGGCCCGAUAACACCAACCGAGGCGAGCCAGGCUGGAGAUAAGCUUGAGGUUCUUGAGCAGAUAGCCACAGAGCAUGCUGUGGCUCUUGAGAAGCUCCGAGCUAGCCAGGCCCAGACUCAAGUCAACACGGUCACGGGCGCGGUCGAGUCAACCGGCGAGCCGGACACGACUUCAGCGGCUCCUAAGCCGGGGGUGGCAGCACCAACCCGAAAGAAGCGCCGAGGACCGCGGAGGAGCAGCGUCGCCGCCGCGGCUGAUGCCGACAACGGACCUUCAUCUCCUCCAGCCAAGCAGCGAAUCCCAGGCGACUACACGCUGACACCAGUCCUGCUGUCGGAGCCCAUGACGGCGUGGGUCCACUGCAUCAACUGCGGCACCGCCUUCGUCCAGCGCGACGCCUAUUACACGCGCGCUUCGUGCCCGCGCUGCGAGCGCCACAGCAUCCUGUAUGGCUACGUCUGGCCCAAGACGCAGUCUGACGGGCCCCACGAUACCGAGGAGCGAGUACUGGACCACCGCACCGUCCACCGCUUCCUCGGCCCCGAGGACGAGGCCAGGGCCCGCGGCAAGGCGCCGCCCGCGUGGAUCGCAAAGAGGGCGGCGGCGGAGGCGGCGCGUGCCGCUGCUGCGGCGAACAAGUCGACAGGCGUGCCGGCUCGCAAGAUGAGCAACAGAGGAACACCGUCGUUCGGCCCCACUUCCCUCUGGGCCAAGACGACUGCCAAGUCUACAACGGAGCCCGCUGGGGGGAAGCUGCAGUUCAAGGUAUCCAAGACGUCCGCCACCAGCAGCGCGAUCAAGAAGACCGCCAAUGCGAGCGGCAGCACCAACAUCAGGAAGACCAUUGCCGCGCGUGCCGCCGCCAGUAUGCUGAUGAUGAAGGGAGACGGCGACGACGUGUCGCACAUCUCCACCCCUCCCCGCGCCAGCCGCGCCAACACGGUCGAGACCGAGACCGAGACGGAGGGCGACAACGACGACAGCGGCGACUUUGAUGACACGGACGCCGACGGCGACGAGUACACCGAGAAGAAGGUCUACGGCGUCAGGCGGUCCAUCGAGGCGGUCGACGCGGCGUCGCAGUGCGUCCGCAGGAGCGGCCGCGCCUGCAAGGCCACGGUCAAGGCGACCAGCGUCACGCCCGCGUGAGCAGACGACGAUGGUCAUUCUCCCUUGGCUGCGUGUACCAUCUAGCCCCGUGCUGCGCAUCGCAAUCUUGUGUCCCUGCCGCCUUUCUUUUUUUUUUUUUUUUUUUUUGGUUGCCUUUCUCCUCCCAUUCCCAAGGCUGCCUUUCACCUUUUAUUCCACAUUUUAUUAGCAUCACCUUGGUCUUUAUUGAGAUAUAUCCCCCCCAUGUGUUGAACCACCCAAGAGAUGCGCCCUUGGAGGCAAGGUGUCUCUGUCCAUCAGUAUCUCUGAUGGGAGGGAGGUGGCAUGAGCAGUGAUGAGACGGACGAUGAUGGUUGGGGGCACUCGCGCAUUUGCAGGCGCAAUUUAAUCAUGUAUGUUUAGUCGCAAUGAGCGUUCUUCGUAUUCUCCUCGGGAGUCAUCUUAUUUUGAUGGCAAAACAGUUCGGGUUUUCUACCGCAUUCCCUUAAGGGGAGAGCAACAGGCUUCGGCCAAACACGCAAACGUGCCCACGCCAAUACAACGCUGAGAUGUCUAACCCGUAUAGUUCACAUUCUCCUCCAAAAGAAAACCGAUCUUGUC